AUGGGUGGACGGGAUACUUGGUGUGCACUCUGCGGCGCUGUAACACGAGAACUCUGGUGGCAAGAUGAAGAUGAUGGAGAGGAGGACUGCUACGAUCAUUCUGUCAUUACCCAAGACGACACCCUGUGCUUUCACCUCAUCCCAGCCAGCUACUGGGACCAUGGAGCCUUCGAGUUUGACACCGAAGAGGGGGGAGGCAUGAUAUCAGGAUACGAUGAUGGUGGCGAUUUGGCAGUCGGGUACCCCAUGCACGACGCAUGCUUCGAGCAGCUCCGCAGAGUCCUCGCCCCUAAGCCCAUCGACCCGAGAGUCCUCUACCGGCUGUUCGACCGAUAUUCCAACCCACCUGGUGGACCUCUGGACAUAUCCUAUGGAGGGGCUGAAGAGUAUCAUGAGCAGUAUUGGCCUUCCGCCCGGGGAGACGAGUACAUUGUCUCCUCUCCGUGCUCGAGUCCUGAGCUUCAAGCAUGGUAUCAGUCCCUAAUCAGACCGGUUCCAGAAAACCAUGACAGAGCUCCAGUCAUCCGAGAGUCUACAAAACCAGGAAACGACCCUUUUGAGAAGCUUCAGCCCGAAAUCUUGUUACACAUCAUGAGCUACAUGGUCAUGCCGCAUGCCUGGCCAUGGAGGAUAGCCUCGAGAGCUGUGGCUCGUCUCGAACUGAGAGACACCUUUUGGAAGUUGAGAUUCCAACAGGAUUUGCCCUGGUUGUACGAAUUUCCUCGGAUAGACAAAACCCUCGCCGACCAUAUCGACUGGGAGAACCUGUACAAGAGGAUCUGGAGGGCCGUUCUCACACAUGGUCCUGAGAAACACCUAGCACUCGCAAAUCGGUAUCGCAUGUGGAACAUUAUCGAAUGGGUUGCCGAUGUCUAUCUUGACUAUAAGGAUGACGAGGACCAAGGACAAACAAAAGAGCCUGCAUCCCUUGUGGACGCCGUAUCAACGACCAUGGCACCACUGACUUGUAUUGAGUUGGAGCACUCGAUCCACGAGGAAACACUACUUCUACGCAAUUUCUACAAAUUGCCUACCACUCGACCCAAUAUUGAAGUCGGCUGGACUCCGCUUGGCGAACUAAAGAGUAUUGCAGUUGAAUACGUGCCCUGGCUAGCCUCCAGAUCCGUCAAGAAGAACAGAGUCGCCAUACCCAUCGACUGCUGGCUCAAAGGGCUCGUGGUCACAACUGAAAAGAACCCAGUCGAUUACCCAAAGAUCAUCGGCCUCAAGUUUCUGUUUCCAGAUGGUGGAAACGUUCAGCUUGGUGAAUCUGAGGGAGAUGAGCACGAGGAACUUGCUCUCCCUGAUCACUUUAUUGUCGGGUUCAAAGCGGUAGAGACGCUUACUGGGACUAUCUCGAGACUUGGAUUGGUUCAGCAACCGGUGUACAAGGUUCCUAACCGUAGUCGACUACCUCUGUGUUCGUAUCUCCAGUUCAACUAUGCUUAUUUGGCUGUGUUGGAGCCCUGCAAUUACAGAGUGCCUACUGGAUCGCUUAGUUAG